AUGGACCCUGCUGGCCUUGCUCGGCUGCUGAUACUGCCACUGCUCCUGCUGGGAACUGCCGCCCAGAUACCUGCAGGCAAGAGCUUGGAGAUCUGCCUCUUGCCCCCGGACGAUGGACCCUGUCGAGCCCUGAUCCCCAGUUACUACUAUGACAGGUACUCCCAGAGCUGCCGCCGAUUCAUGUACGGGGGCUGCGAGGGCAACGCCAACAAUUUCGAUACUCGCGAGGACUGCAAAAAAGCUUGCUCCCACAUCCAGAAAGUUCCCCAGAUCUGCCGAAGGGAAGUUAGUGAGAUAACGUGUGACAAUCCCAGAGAGGUAUAUUUCUUUAACCUAAGUUCCAUGAAAUGUGAAAAAUUGCUCUCUGGAGGUUGUCUCACGAAUGGGAACCAGUUCCCAGAUGAAGCUUCCUGCAUGACAUUCUGUACACCAAAGAGAAAGCCAUCAUUUUGCUACAGUCCCAAAGAUGAGGGACUCUGCUCAGCCAAUGUGACUCGUUACUAUUAUAACAUAAAUCACAAAGUCUGCGAGACCUUCUCCUAUACUGGCUGUGGAGGAAAUGACAACAACUUUGUUCGCCUAGAGGAUUGUGAAAGAGCAUGCAGAAAAGCCUCAAAGAAUGAAAAGAGUAGAAAGGUACAAAAGCUUCUCAAUGCCACUGGACCUCAGAAAACAAACAAAAAAAAACCCAAACCCUGUUUGAAUGAUUUUUCUUGUAUGUAA